AAAAAAAAAAAUUUAGUAACAACAAACAUCAGGUGAGUGAGUGAUGGUGUAGUGGCACUUAUAACCUGGUUGGUGCCAUCACCUGCCUCACCCAGGCACUACUCAACCUUCACAUGGACCACAUAACACACCAGACCAGAACCUGAUGCUUUUAUUGGCCAUUAUCACUCCAAAACUGGGCCCAGACUGUUUAGCACACUACCACAAGAUAUUGGAAACAUUGCCAGAACAAGUGUAGAAAUUUUCAAGAGAAAUUGGAAGUAUACCUCUGCCAACUGCCAGAUAAACCAGGCUGAGAUGGAUAUGUGGGCCACUGGCAGUAACAACCUGAUUGAUCAGGAAAACAAUAAACAAACCUGGCCCAGGGCUGAGCUGUGAAGAGUAGGAGAACUCUCAAAAAGCCUUCAAAGGAAACUCAACCCUCAUAGACAAUGGCAAAUCUUCUUAAAGGAACAGUGGCUCCAACAUUCAUUAAAAAUGGUAGUAAAUCUAUCAAGCCAAAGCAAGAGGAACUCUUAAAAAGCCAUGAAAAUGAUGCAGAAAAACUGAUCACUCAAAGAGCAGAAGUAGAGUCAUUACUGUCAGAGCUGGUGAACACAGUUGGUGCUGUUCUUACAUCAAGACCAACACAGGUUUGGCAGAUAUAUGGAGGGUUUCAGCGUGUAUAUGAAACUGUAAAAAAUAUUUUUUGCCAUGGUUGCAAACAUACAGAUGUGCUGGGUAAUGCAGAUGUGUGGCCAUUUGUCGUUGGCCUACGGGUUCUCAACCCAGCACUUGGGCCUUGUGUAAAGAUGACCACUACCCCUCAGCCAGCUGAUGAUUGGAUUCGUAUGUCUUUGGAGAAGCUUCAACUUGCAGCUAAAAUUGAAGCACUUACCUCUGACAGAGACUAUGUUCAGAAGCAUUAUCAGCCAUGGGCAUUAAUGUAUUCUCAAGAACAUGUUUCAGCUGUGAUAACUUGUCUUCGAGCUCUUGAAGAGAAUUCUCAGUCUCUCUUGGCUGACAUAAAUUCCAGACUAAUUGUUGGAGCAUACCAGCCACUGCCUGGAACUGCAGCUACACUACACACUGAUUUGAUUAGUAAAUCUGAACCUAAAAUGAAUGCAUCAUCUUUACCAACCAGUCCAGUUACAGAGAAGGAGUGGCCAACAGUGUUGUCACCAUCUAGUAGACCAAGAAAGAAUUUAAAGAAGGAAAUUUUAAGAAAAGAAUCGAUUUACUCUAGUCCUUCUUUAGAUACCAUUGAAUCUCUUAAGAGCAAAGAAAUGCACCCUAUAUCUACCUAUAACAUAAAAACCUUAAAUGCAGACAGUGUGGAGGCUCAAGAUGUAACACUUAUGCAGAGGGAGAGUCCAGAUGGCAGCUCAGAUUGCUCUGACUGGCCUGCAAUGAGUCCUGUUGAUCAGUCUGUACAGGUAUUCUUAACACAGGAAACUUCGCAGGUAUCAAGUAACUCGUCUCCUUUAACAUCAACACUGAUUCAGUGCAAAACUAGCCAUAUUUUAACAAAUGAUACUGGAGCAAGACCCAAGGAGCUAUCAACCACCUCUCAAUCAGAUAAUCAGCCAGUUUCUUUUUUGGAAUAUUUAGAUAUAAAUGACAGUGGUGGUGUACCAGUGAGUAAUAUUUCUCCAAGCCUCUUGCAGGUGAAUUAUGGAGGGGAGUGUUCCACUAGUGAUGGGGACAGCAGCACUACUUGCAGCAUCCAUAGACCUAAAGGUUCAGGGUUGAAAACUCCACAGUUACGACACCGUGCUAGUAGUGGAAGAUUAGUAUCUGUACCUGCAGACAGUGACCAGGAUAGUGAAGAAACAGUGGAUGGGAUUCCUUCUCAGGUUUCUCGGAGAAGACGGCGAUUACCAUCAACAAUUCAGUCUUCAGGCUUUUCUGUCAAAUGUUUAGUAGAUAGCCGUGGCAUUUUGAAAUCUGAAGGUAAUCAUCAGGCUAACUCUUCAGAUGACCGUGUAAAAAAUAUUUCAGAGCAGUCCAGUUACUGUGAUAAGAGUAUGGUCCAUCAAGCUGUUAUAUCAACUUCCUGCUCACGCAGCCAUCCUUGUAGUGCUGAACCUACAUCAUCAGAGUUGCCACAGACUACGAAAGUUCCUGUAACCUCUACUCCAAAAGCUGUCACCAAAAUCAUCCUUCCACAUGCUGUUUCAACUCCAGUUUCUGCUACUCUACCUGUUGAAGUUAUGGCUAAUGUAGCAUUAAGUGCACCACAGUGUGUUUCAACACCAAAUUCAUUACCCAGGGAGACAACUGAAAUAAAGAAAAAAACUCAUGGUCGCUCUCAUUCUGAUGGUUCGCAGGAAUUAGUAGGAAAAUUGCAUCUUUCACAGUCUAACACAGCACCAGAAUUAGAGUCAAAGAUGAAAAUGGCUAAGGUCUCGGCUAAACCAAAAGACUCUGGGACAAGUGCAUCAGUUCAAGUUCGCAAGCGUUUUAUGGAAGACGGGGGUCAUAGCAUAACUCCUGCCGCUGACAAUGGCUUCUUCCCUCGUCCUCAGCCAGGACAGUCUCUCAUUGGAUUUCUUUCAUCCAAAGAGUUCCAUAAGCAGUAUGCUGAAUUAGAUAGAGAAAAUGCUCAUUUCAGCAUCUCUGAAGCUGUGAUUGCUGCACUGACACAGAUGCAGUUUGAUGCAUGGCAGCAGAAAUAUUGCUCAAGCCCAGGAACAGGUGAUGAGAGUGAUGAAGAGAUUCGCAGUUUGCAGGCUCGUAUUAAGGAGAAGAGAAGGCAAAAGUUAUCAGGAUCUGUAUUGUCAGCAGCUACCUCUACUAAUGCUGUAAUUGAAGCUAUUUCUGAGUGUCAGACUUGGGCUACAAAACCAUCAGUGAAAGUGGACAGUACAACUGAUUACAGUGUGUACGAGUCGCCACAGAGCUCCACCUAUAAUAGUGAGUCUGAUCUUGUCUCAGAGUUGGAGGAGGAGAUUGAUAAUGAUGAGUCAUCAAGCUGUGAAGAUACUCCAAUCUUGCAAUCAAGAAGUAACUCAGAGAGUGGACUGUCCUCCUUCAAGAGUGACCUUACAUCAGCAGAAAAUGUGGCACUCAAUCUGCUGAAACAUUUUAAUGAACAGAGGCUUCCCAAAGCUUCUGAACUGGAGUGGCUUGUUUCUGAACAGGAUGUACCACAAAAGCUGCUACCACUGCCUACAAGUGUAGCAGUUAGUCCUGAUGAUGCUGGAGCAGUGAAGGCAUUACACUCGCAAACUCAGUUCCGGGGAACCUCUGAUUGGGCCCCGCCAAGACCUCAGCUCAUCCUCACUCUUCACACUAACACUAAACGUUCGGUGUUGAUGGGUACCCAAGGGUGGCGGUGUGCUGGCUGUGGCAUGAGAGUAUCUGAGCGUCUCAGCAGGCACUUUAGACUGUGUAAUUACUUAGGGCGCUACUUCUGUACAACCUGUCACAGCAACCAGACUGCCAUGAUUCCUGCAAAAAUACUUCAUAAAUGGGAUUUCAAAUUGUAUCCAGUAGCUAAAUUUUCUUCAGAACUAAUAAAAAGUAUGAGAAGUGAUCCACUUUUUAAUAUUGAUGCCCUCAAUCCUGGGCUUUACAAACGAUGCCGACAUCUUCAGCAAGCAUACAUCUACCGGCUACAGGUCUACCGCACUUUACCCUACAUAAACACCUGUAGCAGAGCACACAGUGAAAAAGCACUACUAAGUAAGAUACCUCCACACUGGGCUAGUGAUCCUCAUGCUUACUCUCUAGAUGACCUUGUAGCCAUCAAAGCAGGUUUAGUGGUGAUGGAACUGAAGAAUAUCACUUCACAGUGUAUAAAACAUAUUGCCAGAUGUCAGGUAUGUAUGGGACGAGGCUUUAUCUGUGAAGUGUGCGGACGUGGAGAUCCCAUCUUCCCAUUCCAGUUGGAUUCUACUGCACUGUGCAACAUCUGCAGUGCUUGUUUCCAUGCUGGCUGUUAUUCUCCUAUCCGAUGCCCUCGCUGUAUCAGAAGAGAAACAAGACGAUUAUCACAGGAUCAUCACGAAGUGCUGGGCUCAUAAUUUUCUUAGUUUAAAAUAUUACUAACACAUUUAAUGUUCUCUAUGGGGAAAGGGAAAAGAAUGCUUCCUCUGUAAGCCAUGCAUGUUGUAAGAGGCAACUAAAAUGCUGGGAGUUAGUAACCCCUUCUGUAUAAAUUACUAAAUUUAAGAAGACUUUUCUUUUUCUUUUUGGGUCACCCUGCAUUGGUGGGAUACAGCUGGUGUUAAAAAAAAAAUAAAUAAAUAUAAAUAAAUAUAAAUAUAAAUAAAUAUAAAUAAAUAUCAAUAAAUAUCAAUAAAUAUCAAUAAAUAUCAAUAAAUAAAUAAAUAUCAAUAAAUAAAUAAAUAUCAAUAAAUAAAUAAAUCAACAUAAAUAAAUAUCAAUAAAUAAAUAUCAAUAAAUAAAUAAAUAUCAAUAAAUAAAUAAAUAAAUAUCAAUAAAUAAAUAUCAAUAAAUAAAUAUCAAUAAAUAAAUAAAUUUAUUUAUCACCAUGGUUAUUUAAUAUAUUUAUAGAUGGGGUUGUAAAGGAAGUAAAUGCUAGGGUGUUCGGGAGAGGGGUGGGAUUAAAUUAUGGGGAAUUAAAUUCAAAAUGGGAAUUGACACAGUUACUUUUUGCUGAUGAUACUGUGCUUAUGGGAGAUUCUUAAGAAAAAUUGCAAAGGUUAGUGGAUGAGUUUGAGAAUGUGUGUAAAGGUAGAAAGUUGAAAGUGAACAUAGAAAAGAGUAAGGUGGUGAGGGUAUCAAAUGAUUUAGAUAAAGAAAAAUUGGAUAUCAAAUUGGGGAGGAGGAGUAUGGAAGAAGUGAAUGUUUUCAGAUACUUGGGAGUUGACGUAUCGGCGGAUGGAUUUAUGAAGGAUGAGGUUAAUCAUAGAAUUGAUGAGGGAAAAAAGGUGAGUGGUGCGUUGAGGUAUAUGUGGAGUCAAAAAACGUUAUCUAUGGAGGCAAAGAAGGGAAUGUAUGAAAGUAUAGUAGUACCAACACUCUUAUAUGGAUGUGAAGCUUGGGUGGUAAAUGCAGCAGUGAGGAGACGGUUGGAGGCAGUG